UCGGCUACGACAUUGGAAUCUCCGGUGGUGUAACGUCCAUGGACUCGUUCCUGAAAAAGUUCUUUCCUUCUGUGUACCGUAAGAAGGAGCUGGACAAGUCUACCAACCAGUACUGCCAGUAUGACAGUCAGACGUUGACCAUGUUCACGUCUUCCUUAUACUUGGCUGCUCUCAUGGCCUCAGUUGUGGCAGCCACCGUGACUCGGAAGUUUGGCCGGAAAUUGUCCAUGCUCUUCGGUGGUCUUCUCUUCUGCUCCGGCGCCAUCAUCAAUGGCGCUGCCAAGGCUGUGUGGAUGUUGAUUCUUGGCCGGAUACUCCUCGGUUUCGGUAUCGGAUUCUCCAAUCAGUCUGUGCCACUCUACUUGUCUGAGAUGGCGCCAUCCAAGUCCAGAGGAGCUCUCAACAUUGGUUUCCAGCUUUCUAUCACAGUUGGUAUCCUUGUCGCCAAUUUGUUGAAUUACUUCUUUGCCAAGAUAGAGGGCGGUUGGGGAUGGCGUUUGAGUUUGGGUGGUGCAAUGGUCCCUGCCCUUAUCAUCACCAUUGGCUCCCUAAUCUUACCAGACACACCAAACUCUAUGAUCGAGCGCGGCCAGCACGAGGAGGCCAAGACCCAACUCCGGAUGAUUCGCGGUGUUGAUGAUGUCAGCGACGAGUUGAAUGACCUUGUUAUGGCUAGUGAUGAGUCCAAGAAGAUAGAAGAUCCAUGGAGGAAUCUGCUCCAGAGGAAGUACAGGCCCCAACUUUGCAUGGCAAUUCUGAUUCCAUUCUUUCAGCAGCUUACCGGUAUCAAUGUGAUCAUGUUCUAUGCUCCUGUGUUGUUCAACACAAUUGGUUUCGGAAGUGAUGCUUCUCUCAUAUCAGCUGUGAUCACCGGACUUGUUAAUGUUGCUGCAACAAUCGUUUCGAUGUAUGGUGUUGAUAAGUGGGGAAGAAGGAAACUCUUCCUUGAGGGAGGAACUCAAAUGUUGAUAUGCCAAAUAGUUGUGGCGGCUUUGCAUUGGUGCAAAAUUUGGAUUGUUGUAGGAGAAUAG